AUGUCCGCCGCGACUCGCAAGCCUGCCAGUGCCGGCAGUCCCAGCAAAUCAUCGACCGCGGAACCGCCUGUGACCAACGGAACCGCCACUCGAGGUCAUGCCCGCUCGCCCAGCGCUGCCGCCACCAACGGUCUCAGUCGCUCCCCCUCUCAGCGAAGUUCUACUCCCGUCUCUGCGCGCGCUGCCGCACGAAAGCCCGGCCGGUCCAACUUGAGCAUGUCGAACGUUCCGCGGGUCAGUCAUGAUCCUUCCGAGGAGGAGGCUCGCGCCCAGAAUGCAGCCCUCAUCGAGGAGUUGCGAGAGCAACUCCAGAAGGCGGAGACCGCCUCGGAGCAGUAUCAGAAACAGCUGGGAGUCCUGCAAAUGCGACUCGAUGAGGCUGUGAGCGAGCAAGGAAAGAUGGAGGAUCAAGCCCACGAGAAGGACACCCGGCUGGAGACGCUUCAUGGUGAGAUUCGGGAGCAGGCUCGCCGGAUACGGGACCUGGAACAGAAUCACGAGCUGGAACGGAAUGCACUGCUCCAGGAGAAAGAGCAGCAAGCCAGUCGGGAAGAGGAGUUGCAGGCGACCAUUCAACGACUGAAGGACUCUGUGGCGCAGAAAAGCAUGCCCGUGAACGCCGAGGGGGAACGGCAAAUUUCCAGAUCUUCCAGUUUCCGUAACCGCACUUCGCCCGAUCUGGAUGGGCAGUUCGCUCCAUCGUCGCAUAUCGAGCGUAGCCCCUCUCGCAACAACUCCAAUCUGCUGCUUCAGAAAGACAAGCUGAUCGAAUCACUUCGUCUCGAGUUGGCGGAAUCUCAGAUCAAGUUGGUGGAGAUGGAGAACGCAGGCGGGGGCCGCCAGCGAGAGUUGGAGAAGGAGCUCCUGGAGGCUCGCAUGGCCAACGCUCGCUUGAUGGAAGACAACGAAAGCUACCAACUCUUGCUCAGCGAAAAGACCCUCACCGGCGACUUCACCAAGGGUGACUUCAUGCAACACAUUCAUCCGGACAAGUCGUCGGGCGGGGGCUUGGGUUCUUUGGCUGAUGAAUUAGAGUCUGUUGACGAGACUCCGGAGAAUGAGCUCAGCAGCAAGUAUGAAGCUGAGCUGAAGGCUUUGCGGGAUCAGAACAAGGCCUUGACCCUUUACAUUGAGCGCAUCAUCAGUCGCGUACUGCAGCACGAUGGGUUCGAGCACGUCCUGGACCGAAAUGAGGAAGACACCAGCUCAAAGGCCUCGAAGCUGGAUGAUAAAGAACUGCCUCCAACGCCUCCUGAGAAGGACGAUGCACCCUCGCAAUCUUUCAUCCAGCGUACUAAGUCGAUCAUCGCCGGCCCUCCUCGUUCGCAACCUCUAUCACGCCCUAAUAGCAUGAUGCCGCCGCCGGCACUGCCCUUGAGUGCCAAUGAGAAUCCCGACACGGCCCCGAGUAUUCCAAUCCGUACCCAGUCCGCACGUGCAAAUCAUCGUCGGACUCGAUCGGAACAGGUUGACCCGAACGCUGCAUCGGUGGUCGGGCAGAUGUAUCGCGGUCGCAAUUCUGGUGGCCCGCUGAGCCCCACGGCGGUUGGCCCUGGCUCUCGACAGAGCAUGUUCUCCAGUGCAGCCAGCUACAUCUCCAGCCGGGCGCCGUCGAUGUCUAGUCAACCCGAUCGGGCCGGUCGCAGUACCUCCCCGAGCGUCAUCAGUGACAUCCAUGGGGAUACUAAUUCGACCGGAGGGACUUCGAGCCCACCCCGUUCCGUUAGUGGCAUGACCAACUACACAGGCGCCGUGAUGACGCAAAAUAAGUUGCGGCCACUGCGUUUGGUCAGUGAUGCAGCGAGACAGGAAGAAGAAGAGGCCGCCCGCAAGAAGGCCAACCGCGCCAGCUGGAUUCCGGGAUGGUUCAAUCGCCCUGCCAACGGGGAGGAGCAAGCGCAGUCUCCCUCUUAA